UAAAGGUUCGCUUCUCAAGGAAUUUGAACCCUUCAAGAGCGGGCGCUUCAGGAUCCGAGAGCCUCUUCUUCUUCAGCUCUUUCUCGUUCUCCUCUUGUUCGUCGUUUUUUCCUCUUCGGAAAUUCACCAGAUUGAAGAUGGCAGAUGGUGAAGAUAUUCAGCCUCUUGUCUGUGACAAUGGAACUGGAAUGGUUAAGGCUGGGUUUGCAGGUGAUGAUGCUCCAAGAGCUGUUUUCCCCAGCAUUGUUGGCCGGCCACGCCACACAGGUGUGAUGGUGGGUAUGGGCCAAAAGGAUGCAUACGUUGGGGAUGAGGCUCAAUCCAAGCGUGGUAUUUUGACUCUCAAGUACCCAAUUGAGCAUGGUAUUGUCAACAACUGGGAUGACAUGGAGAAGAUAUGGCAUCACACCUUCUACAAUGAGCUUCGUGUUGCCCCCGAGGAGCACCCGGUUCUCCUCACAGAAGCCCCUCUCAACCCGAAGGCCAACCGUGAGAAGAUGACCCAGAUCAUGUUCGAGACUUUCAAUACCCCUGCUAUGUAUGUCGCCAUCCAGGCUGUUCUCUCCCUUUACGCCAGUGGUCGUACAACUGGUAUUGUGUUGGACUCUGGAGAUGGUGUCAGCCACACGGUUCCAAUCUACGAGGGAUAUGCUCUUCCCCACGCAAUCCUACGUCUGGACCUCGCAGGACGUGACCUGACUGACUACCUCAUGAAAAUCCUGACCGAGCGUGGGUAUUCCUUCACCACCACGGCAGAACGAGAGAUCGUGAGAGACAUGAAGGAGAAGCUGGCAUAUAUAGCUCUAGACUACGAGCAGGAGCUGGAGACUGCAAACACGGGCUCGUCGGUGGAGAAGAGCUUCGAGCUGCCGGAUGGGCAGGUGAUAACGAUAGGGGGGGAGCGAUUCAGAUGCCCGGAGGUGCUGUUCCAGCCGUCGAUGAUAGGGAUGGAAGCGGCGGGAAUACACGAGACGACGUAUAAUUCGAUAAUGAAGUGCGAUGUGGAUAUAAGGAAGGACUUGUACGGGAACAUAGUGCUGAGCGGAGGGACAACGAUGUUCCCGGGGAUAGGGGACAGGAUGAGCAAGGAGAUAACGGCGUUGGCACCAAGCAGCAUGAAAAUAAAGGUGGUGGCUCCUCCUGAGAGGAAGUACAGUGUCUGGAUCGGUGGCUCUAUCCUGGCUUCUCUCAGCACUUUCCAGCAGAUGUGGAUUGCGAAAGCCGAGUACGACGAAUCUGGACCGUCGAUUGUGCACAGGAAAUGCUUCUGAGCUCUCCCAAUGUACCUCACACCUCCACUCUUCAACUUUUUUCUUCUCCCUGUUUUUAUACAUAUAUAUAUAUAUAUAUUCUCCUCCUUUGUGGAAUACAUAACAAUAAUAGUACACACACGCACGCACACCAUUACUUUUCCUAAACGCAAUACAGCAUAAUCUGUAAUCAGGUUCACUUCGAAACCUUUACAUC